CACAACCACACUUUCCACCGCAACUACACUACUGCAAUCAUGUCUGACUGGAUUGGACCAAACGUCUACCGGAUCGAAAACUUCAAAGACCCCAAAACCGCGGUUACCGUAAAAGACGGUAGCAAAGAGGAUGGUGCAGUAGUCGUCUUAAAGUCCGCGGAGACCAAAAAGAAUGACCAGUGGCAGUUCGCCCAUGUGGGUACUGGAGUUUCCGGGAAAGAAGAAUUCCUCAUCAUCAAUGUCAACACCGGGUACCAUUUGACUUAUGCCGAGGGAGCCAAACAGGCGGUGUUGACCGUGACGCGUGAAUCACCGACGAACGUCCGUUGCCGCUGGAACAUUGCUCCUACACGGAACGGCACAGGUACAUUCUGGAUCGUGGCAGCUCAAAACAACAAGAUGAUGCUGGUUACUGAAGGUGAGAGCACUGGCGAUAAUGCUAAAUUGCAGAUUUGGGAGGGCCCUCUCAAGUCCAAAGGCACGUUGUGGUACUUGAAGCUCGUCGACGGUCAUGCGCUGCAGUCGGCGGACCUUGGCAAGGCCCCGGCACCGUAGUGGGGGAUGAUGUCAGUCACGAGAGGUGCAGUAUGUGAAUGUUGCUCAUUCGUCACUAGAACAACUUUCAGUUGAUUUGGGGUGUCGAUUGGCGAUUCUGGCUUAUCGCAAGCCCCGUUCGCAACAUACUGCAGAGUUGAUAGAGAGAUAGGCCUCUGGAACCGACAAUUCAACAUGUCUAGUUCGGC